AUGGAGGAUGAGGCUCAUGUGGAUCCUGAGGCAGAAUUGGGAGGGGUGGCAGAACGGGUGGUUGAGGCAGAAGUUAGGGGUGAGGAGGAUGUUAUAUGUGAAGAGGUUGAGUCUGAAAAUGAUGAAGGGGCUGGUGCAGACAAACUGGAUGAUAGUGAAGAAGAAAGGGUGGCAGAUGAUGAUGAUGGAUUUGGUGUAGAUAUUCAGCCACCCGUGAGAAAACUUGGAGCUGUUUUGGAUAGGUGGAAAGCAAUGAAACGCAAUCCAAGCACAGUGAGGACUAAAAAGGAUGUUGGAGAAGGUUCAUUUGUCACUAAUGCUGAAAUUGGAGUACAUGACAUAAGUGAGGAGUACGAUACUGAUGAGUUAGAGUCUGAUGUGGAUAGUGAGAAUGGUAUGGUUCGUGAUGGGCCAAAAUUUUCGAAGUACAGAGCAGAAGAUAUGACUAAAGACUUCAAGUUCAAAUUGGGAAUGGAAUUUCGUUCUUUGAAGGAGUUUAAACAAGCAUUGAUGGAGCAUAGUGUUUUGAAUGGGAAAGAAGUACAAUUUGUGAAGAAUGAUCAGAGGAGAGUCAGGGUUGUAUGUAAAAAAAAAUGUGGUUUUUUAAUCAUGGUGAGUAAGGUUGGAGGUAGGGAAACAUUUCAAGUUAAGACAUUGGUUGGGCGUCACAGGUGUGGGAGGGUGUUUGGAAAUAAAAAUGCAAAUAAGGACUGGAUUGCGCAGGUUCUAAUAGAUAGAUACAUGAACGUAGGUGUCAUGACAGUGAGUCAAAUAAUUGAUGAAAUCAAGAAAACAUAUAGUGUAGGCAUUACUCCAUGGAGGGCUGGAAAGGCAAAACAAAUUGCAAUGGACUGUUUGGUGGGGGAUGGACAACGUCAAUAUGGUAGACUACAUGAUUAUAUUGCUGAAUUAGUCAGGGUCAAGGCUGGAACUGUCAAGAUCAAGAUCAAUCAACCCCAACCAAGUCUGCCACCAAGAUUUGGCUGUUUUUACAUGUGCUUAGCUGGCUGUAAGACUGGUUUCUUGGCUGGGUGUAGGCCUUUCAUAGGUGUUGAUGGUUGCCACUUGAAAACAGCAUAUGGUGGUCAACUUUUGGUUGCAGUGGGCAGGGACCCCAACGACCAAUACUAUCCAUUAGCGUUUGCUGCAGUUGAGAAUGAAUGUAAAGAGACAUGGAGAUGGUUCCUAACACUAUUGCUGGAGGAUAUUGGAGAUGUUGCAGAUCAUCGUUGGGUAUUCAUCUCAGACCAACAGAAGGGACUUAUGUCUGUGUUUGAUGAAAUUUUGAAUGGUGUAGAGCACCGUUUCUGUUUGAGGCACCUGUACAGCAAUUUCAAGAAGAAAUUUGGUGGUGGGGUGGUAAUCAGAGAUCUUAUGAUGGGGGCAGCAAAGGCUACUUUUUACGCAGCCUGGGAGAAAAAAAUGGGUGAGUUAAGAAACAUCAACCCUGAAGCAUAUAAUUGGUUAGUUGCCAUUCCUAGAAGUUCAUGGUGUAAACAUGCAUUCAGCAUUUACCCUAGAUGUGAUGUUUUAAUGAAUAACUUGUCUGAAUCAUUCAACAGUACAAUUUUAUUGGCUAGAGAUAAACCAAUCAUUAGUAUGAUGGAAUGGAUUAGAUCAUACACAAUGAGUAGAUUUGCUACACUUAGGGAAAAGCUGAAUGCAUAUAAUGGUAAUGUAAUGCCUAAGCCUCAAAAAAGACUUGAUAGGGAGGUGGAAAAAAGUGGGAACUGGCUUCCAGUAUGGGCAGGGGGUUCUAAGUUUGAAGUCACUCAGGGGUUCACUAUGGAGAAAUUUGUAGUUGAUCUAAGUAAGCAUACCUGCACUUGUUACUUUUGGGAUUUGGUAGGUAUUCCUUGUAGACAUGCUGUGGCUGCUAUUAACUAUAAGAUAGAAAAUCCUGAGGCAUACGUGCAUCCAUGCUACAAAAGACAAGCUUAUCAUGCUUGCUAUAGCCCAGAAAUCACCCCUAUAAAUGGACAACAACUAUGGCCCAGAAGCAAUGAACCUGAAUUGUUCCCACCCAUAUACAAAACACCACCUGGCAGGCCAAAAAAACUUAGAAGAAGGGAAGCAGAUGAAAAUGUGAGUCAUUCAAAACUUUCAAAGAAGAAUCUGAUCAUGAAGUGUAGUAGAUGCAACCAAAUAGGACAUAAUAUCAGAAGCUGUAGAAGGGGGAUGAGAUUCAGAAAGGGAAACACACAACGCACUCCAACUGCCAUUGCAGCUACCAACGUUGCUGGACCAUCAAACCAAAGCUGCAGUAGAAGGACAUCCACACCCAUAGUUGCUGCAAACGUGAAUGAAGGUGAAAGAGCACCAAGAACACAGCGAAGGAGCAGGGCAGCACAAAGGAGCAGGGCAGCACAACCAUUAGGGUCUCAAGCUAGUAGUAGUACAACUUGUGCACAACCCACGUGA